UUCCCUGCGGUUAGUUUUGUCAGGACGUUUUUGGGGAGUGACUGAAGACAUUGUAAAUGAUGACCAUAAACGUGUUCUCGGUCAUGUUUAUUAUACACCUCUUCUAUCUGGUCAUUAAACCGUCUUGUCACAAGACAAAGACUGGCGAGUGCUUUAAGUUUGAACAUUCAACUACGCAACAAAUGGUUUUUCAUUUUCAUCAGAACGAGAAUAAAGCGUGUCUGCCAUCUCCAGGUCAAAUAAUAUUUUUGAAAUAUAAACAAAUAGCGAAAGCAUAGAAGUCAGUUGCGCAACUCUGGGGUUUUUGAGAGUCACAUGUCCCGAGCUGGAAGGGGUGGAUUUCAGUGCUUCUGAUGCAAUUCCCUCUUUGUUUGUGGUGCUCAUCCUAGUAAAGCGAUCUCCGCUUCACAACAGCACUCCGUUAGUUGCUUAUCGUUCUGAAGGUUUAACUGUAAACAAGUCGACUCAACCCCACAGAAGUCGCCACCCUAUAUUUUCACAGAAUGAAUGACAAUAGCAAACUCGAGACUGAAGAACUGCUUACUUGUCUUCAUAUCCAUCUCUUCCACCCUAACCAAGCCAGCCGUCCACUCUUCCACAACCUGCCCCUAAAUCAGCCGUACAAAAUAGACGCUGAAGAUCCACUAAGGCUUGGCCGUGAUGGGCAGACCUGCAUCUUCGCCCUAAACGACACCUCUGUCUCCAGAAAACAGCUCUCCUUACAGGCGUAUAAGAAAGCUGGCAGCCCGUUCUUGAGCUUCAUGAUCCAGAACAUGAGCCAGAAGGUCAAACUCGUGGUCGGUGGGUCUGAACUGAGAUACCUCGAAAGAGCUGAGCUUGAUGAUAAGGUGCUCUGUCGCUUUGGAAGAUAUGAACUGCUGAUUUGGCAGGAACCAGGAGAUUCUGAGAAUAAAUUUGAGGUCCUGUUUGAUACAUGCAAUGCACCUCCUUCACAGGAAUUGGGCAUAGAUGUGCCAUGCAGACCACUUGUUUUGGAUACCGGCAUGCCAUGGAGAAACUUUGAGAAUGGAGCACCUGUAAGCCAAGAGCCACUGGAGUCAGAUGAGACAGUUGUUUUAGUAUAGAUGUUUUUCGGACAUUGCUCUGCAAGAAAGCAGACAUUGACUAUUCAGAAUUUGCAUUUUGUUAUUAUUAUUGACGCUCUGUUAUUAAAGCAGUCCGCACAUCUUGUAAGUAACAGAAUGAGAUCUAAAACUAUGCUACAAACAUUGUUAUGACUUCUUCUGCAAUGCCACUGAACCAGUUUUGUUGCCUAAUGUGUCUUUGCAUUCCUCUUGUACAGAUAUUUUAUUACGUAUUUUGCUGAAUUUUAUUGGAAUUUGUGUCACACUGCUCAAAAGGUGCUUUGUGUUUUCUCUUCAUUAAUGUAUGUGUUCAUUGCAGAAGUGCUUUUG